UCAGUGAACAGUGCGAGCGGUAUGUGCAGCGGGUGUGAAUAACGAGCGGUGGUGGGGCGGACGACGGUGAAGAAGUAGUCGAGAAUCACAAUCGGGAUACUGGUCGAGGGAACCGAUUGCAGCUAAUUGUUGUGAUAAGGUGAUGGCGAGUAGCGACGGUGCUGUUAGUGAUGAUUGUGACAGUGGCCGUCGACUAGCUUUUUUAACGAAUGGCUCUGUCCAAGGUGUAUAAUCAGGCAUCCGCGAUUCUUGGCGACAAUGCUUUCGCCGUCGUUAGCAAGAAUAACGAGAUCGAACACAGUGUCAAUAUGUUGGAUGUACCGCGGAAGAUAUACUCAAGGGACUUGCAUGGUUCGGAGUACAAUCAUUGGAGCUACGACUUAACGGGUUGCGGCGCAAAGAGAAAUAUGAAUCUCGAGGACGAGGAUUUAAACAAUCCCAUGGUUAAUGACCUGGUAUCAAAGAUUCUCGACGAAGAUUCCAUCAGCUUUGAUACUUUUCGCAAUAGCUAUAACGGUGGAAACACGCAUUACCAAACCGCUGAGUUUGCUAAUUCCUACCCUAAUCAAAUCGGAGAGAGUCUGGACAGUUACCUGACUGAUGUUGUAGAUCACUUGGAAGGUCGUUAUCCGAACAGCGGCAAAUUAACGAACAACACCUAUAACAACGUCAAGAGCGAGUCGUACCAUCAUCGUACGAACAAUCUUUGCAACGACUUCAACAUAUUGAGCCUGAACGCGCGCGUGGGACAGCCGACGGAACAGAACAAUGCCUGCGGCAAUGAACUUCCGUCGAACGCCGCGUACUCACCCGACACGCGGGCGCACGUUGUGCAUGCGAACGAUGGGAGCAUGUACACGAACGGAGGCAACAUGUCGUCGCUGUGUAACGACCUGCUGACGACCACGACGUCAAGUGAGGUGAAUUACGGCAAACAGUCCGGUAGCUGGUCGGAGUCUUUGCUGACGCCCUCGAUGGGUUGCAGCAGGAGCGAGUUAAUGGGGAAUUACUCGAGAAUCCCGAGCUGCGUAAAACCGGAUCUUAAUUUCAACGUGGCGCUAACUCUCGCCCUAGACUCGCCGAACUCGACGGUUCCUAUGAACGAGCUGGAGUAUCACAGCAGUAUGAGGCAAGGCUGCGUGCCGUCGAGCUCGUACGGCAGCCAGCCUAUGGUGGGUAUGCACGACAUGUACAGCGGCGGCAACACCGGCCAGAGUCUCGGGUACAGGCCGAACUCGGCGAUGACUGAACUAAACGCCGAAUCCGUUUUCCUGUCGACCUCGCCGUUGCAACACUUCUCGCCCGCCGACACUACGGCUUUGCACACCUGUUUUGGAAGCAGUAUACAACGCAACGACAUCGGCGACUUCGCUAAGGACGCCCACGACACCGCUAGAUUAAAUAUGACGAGUAUUAGCAGCAUACCGAACGAACAGGCGAUUCAGUUCUUGCAGCCGCAAGCUCGUAGUAGCUACAAAUUGGAUCAAGCUGUGGACCAAGAUUACAAAACCUUAAUCGAUUACUAUCCCCCUGGUACAAAUAAUUUUAUCGCAUCCUCGGCUAAUAACCUAGACACCAACGAGAACGUCUGCCUCCCUAGUGACUGUAGGAUCGAUAAUAAUUUACUGAAGAUGAUCAGCCCGAAAUCAAAGUCUGUCGAAGCUAAAACGUACUCACCGAUAGGAUUCCCGAAGAACCUAAGCUCGCGUAAUUUGUAUCAGCCCAUGGCUAAAUACGGCUGUCACAGUUAUCAACAAUACACUGCCAGCAGUGGCGGCGGCGACACUCUCAAGAUCUUGCCACAGAAUUCGGCGUUUUACCACAACGAUUUGCAGAAGCAGCCUAAGCUAAACUCGUACAAACUGGACGGUUUCGAUCUUACUAAAGAAAUGGCCUUCCCCUCGGCGAGUCAUCUAGCCGACCGUAUCGCAGGAUCUACACUGGACAAGGACGCGGCAGCCUUCGGUCACAUCAUGAAGCAACAUCAUAUAUCGAAGAUGCAGAACAUCCCCGCCGGGAUCCCGCCGCCGGAUAUCAUUUUCAACUCGAGAAUGAUCUCGGGCGCGAACACCGUCAGAUCGGGAGCGUUCCCGUCGGUGAUGCCGGUCCCCGUCCCUGUCCCGCUUCAUCCCGUGCCACGGCUAUUCUCCACGCUUUACGGAGGGAGUCUGAGUUUUCGAAACAGUGCCAGUGGCGCAGCCAGGAAGACCGGUCCCUCGAGUAUACUGCAUUUCAACCUCGAGCAAACGUACGAGCAGUUCAAACAACUGGAGAAGGAACGCAAGAAGUGCGAGGCCGGAUUGGCCGCUCACUUCCCGGGGAAACGAGUGACCAGUGCUAAUAACAUACCCAUCCCACGUCCUCAAGGAAAUCCGUCGAGAGUGGAUCGCUUGGUAAUCGAUUAUUUGAGAGAGCACGCUCGUGUCAUUACAUUGAUAGCGAAGAUGGAACGCUUACGCGGAACCACGAUGAAUCAACGUGUGCACAAAGCCAUGGAACAUUGGCUGGAGGCUAUCAAGUUCGUUCAAGAUUGUCGCAAGCAGGAGAUCGCAAAUGCUAUCAAACGUCAGAAAGAGAAUCCACAUUGCAUUUUAGCGUAUGACGACAAUGAUAUCUUGACUUUGGCUGGAAGCGUGCACGCACUGACGAAGGCGUCACGAUACGCGCGGACCGGUAUGUACAAUGCGCUCCAGGCCACGCUGCUGUAUGACUUGGACGUGGAGAAGAAGGUCGUCGAGACUUCCAAGGAUCCGGUACUCGAGGCGAAGCACAGCGAAAGUCAACUGAAAGACGGAAUCAACGAUUAUUCAAGCAAUACCUAGCAAAAUUGCGCCGAGUCCACUUGGUAUCGCUCAUCUUGAAGCGCUAAAGAGAGAGGCGAGUCCAGCAGCUUUUUACUCACGUAUAGUAUUACGUUUAUGAAAAGCGUUCGCUGGUAUUUACGUGAUUAUUUUACCAUUGAAACGAAAUGCCGCCCAUUAAAUUCAAAACUUUCACUCGCGACACGCGAGGAGAAUCGCUACGCGCGAAAAAAAAGAACUACGCACACGAAACACACACACACACACACACAUACAUACAUCCAUACAAGAAAGAACUAAAGCGUAAAAACUCGGAAACGUGGAAUGUGCGCAACUUUUUACAGGUUAUUAAUAAUUCCAUAGUUUUCUACCGUACGUAUUUUAACGCUUAUCGGCGGUGUAACCGAUUUAGCUUUUCGAAAAACACCGAUUUAGAUGCGAGAGUUUCGCUAGACUGCCCAUCGUUUAUCUCCGUCGCGUAUGUCCAAAAAAAAGAAGAAGAAAGAAACCGCCUUUUCUUUGGCACUUGUUUGGGGGUAAACCAGGAGCGAUGUCGAUCGUGCUUAAAUCGGUGAACAAUCGCUAGCUUUGAAGUCGUCGACUCAUUAACUCGCAACAAGAACGAGAUUGCUCAGAUGGUAUUACAUCCUUUUAGAGGUAUCGUUCUUCGUACGAUUAUUCGUUUGUACACGUAUCUUAAGUUUAAACGAGAUAGGUAGGCAAAAUACUAAGCCGAUGUACUCGUUCAAAAUGUUCGGCGGUAACUCGUUAGAUUAGCUCAAUGUGGCCUUCCUUGAAUGUGUGACCCAUUAUGUGGUAGUAGAUGUCUCAGAACUUGAAUAUUUCGUGGAGUAUAAGUGCCAUGCCAAUUAAGUCGCAUGCAACGCGAGCUUUACAUUUACAUGUAUAUAUAUAUAUGUAUAUAUAUAUUGAAAUGUUGAUGGCAGGGGAAAGAAGAGAGCGCACUGAAACACUAGGACGUAUUUGAUGAUUGAUCUAGAUACCUCGCACCGGUGUUAAGUUCUCAGCGUUUCUCGUGUCCCUCAAGACCACAGGGAUAUCGUCGGUCUCGAUGAACGCCGAUGAAUUAACGCCGACGCACACGGCCGAACCUUGUGCGUGUCAUCGUGCACGAUAUUUCGAAGCUUUCUCAAAUGUAUCUCGGUGUCCAAGUGCGCCCCGUUUUCUCCCGCUAGAUCUUUCGUUACCGACAUUGUUCCGGAUGUACUCUUACGAAUACAAAAAAUACAUACAUAACACGCACAUACGCGAAGUAUGACUGCAUUACAUCGACAGAUACGCGCACAAUGACAUUAAAGCCACACUCAUAUGCAUACAUGCACACGUAAUGUUAAUUUACACGUUGGCCUUUCCCGCAACGUGUUUUCGUGUAUUCGCAACGGACGUUAAGCAACGAUGAAAAGUUUGUAUCAUUUAAUUUUUAAUCGAAUGACGAGAUAAUUGGAAGCACGCGUGAAGUCACGCGUCGUGCUACUUUCUCUCUCGCGAUUUUUUUUUCUUUUUUACCCAUGCAAUCUCAUUGUGUAUUUGCCAAAAAUUAAAGAAUUUGUUUUUUUUUUGUUUCUCACGCAUUGUCUUGAGUCUAGAUUUUUAAACGAAUGACUGAAACUUCGUUCUUUCAUAACUUGAUAAUGUAUAAUCCUUAACCUUUGAGAAGAAGGAAUUUGUCGAAAACUAUUUCGAGACCGAAUGAGAGCUUCAAUUAUAUCCCAUCGUGAAUCCGGCUUUUCUUCUGUUUUUAGAUAACGACACAAUUUUAUAAUGCACGAUCAUUCGAUUGUCAUUUAUUUCUCUCUUUCACGGGAAGGACACAAAAUGUGUUGCAAACACAUUAUUAUUAUCAUAAUGCCGUAUCCUUAAAAUUGAAAACACAGCAUAGAUAUGUGUUUGACAAUCCUGUUUAAAUUGCAUGUGAUAUGUAUUCAAUACUUAAAUGUACACACACAUACACACACAAACACGCACACACAUAUCAAUAUAUUGAAACUAGGAUAACCAAGUACUGUGACUACGAAGUCGGGACGGAAUCACGAUGUGCGAUUCUAGCAUGACUGAGAUUCAGCGAGGCAAGCAUUGAAGGAUGCGGGACAAGAGUGGAGUAAGUCUUUGGUACUUGGUUAACCCCAAGUUAACGGGGGUUGAAUUUCAGAUAUACCUCACUACUUGAAUGGACUUACGAAACUCUUGCUGCCAUCACUAAACAUACGAACAUAGAAGUGUGACCAAAACGUAUCCUCUCCCGUACUUCGGAGCCAUUAGACUUACAUUGGUUAUUCCCGUUCUAAGUAGCAGAUACGGUAUAUGUAUGUACGGCUGUCUUUGACAAACGGCAUUCUCACGUCUCGCGAUUUGCAAUUAUCCCAUGGGGAAUCGUGUUCGAAGAAUCUCAAUUCUCGAAGGCUAUCAGCGGUCAGCUCUUUAAGGGCCCAUUAUUUCAACGUCAUACAUCCGACUUUAUAGAUCAUAAAUCGACCAAUCGUCUAUUUGCAGAUGUUUGCCGCAACUAAGAGUGACAAUUGAAGAGCUUAUUUCCGUCUUAGA